ACGUCCUCAACAAGUGCCAACCAGGAGCAUGGUUCACCGUCAGCCUGAUCCUGAGAGGCUCCUGUGGCCCCUGGCUCACCUCAGGCUCUGGGGAGGGGGGCCUGCACAGCAUCCUCUCACCUCACCGUGAUGGCCUGGGUGUACCUGGGAGGGUUGUGGUCUCCUUCCUGAUUCUGGGUAGGCCUCGGGGACCUUGACAGCUGGAGAUGAGGAUUGGACUGGGGCAGGGGAGGACUGGGAGAGGGUCCUGGCUUCCCCUUCCCCGAUGUUGCAAACUCCUGCUUCCGUGGCUGAGAGCAGGCACACCCCCUUACAGUCACUGGUGACUCAGAGACUGGCAUAUACGUGGAAACAGGAUGUGUCCUCACAUAGGGGAGGCCUGGAAGGGGGUCCCUCGGCUCACCAACCUCCAGCCCCAGGCACCCCCCAGCCUACGUGUAGGCAGGGAGUGCACUCACAGGCCAGGCCUUCAAGGGCCCUCCUGUAGACUGGAGGCUGAGUGGGGGGCUCUUGACUGGGCUGUGGGGGGUACUUCCCCCCUGUCCCCCAGGCUGGACUGCAUGUGUGGAGGACUCGGGCAAGAACUGAAAGACCCGGCUCAGGUAGGGCCAGGUCCCUCCUUGGAAAGGCUCCGCCUUUGCCCGGCUCCUGGAUACAGGGCAAUUUCCCAGAGCCCCGCCCCGGGAGGCAGGGGCAGGAGGCUCAGAACAGAGGGACCCAGACGUCGACCUGUUCAGCUUGGCCAGCCACCACUGCUGCCGCCAACGCCAUGGGGAACAGCCCCUGUGUCCCUCAGGCACCUCGGAGGCUCCGGGCCUCCUUCUCCAGAAAGCCUUCACUGAAGGGAAAUAGAGAGGAUGGCGCGAGGAAGCUGACUGGCUUGUUUGGCACCGAGGCCGGUCCCGACGGGGACACCACUGCCGACAAGAUCUUCUGCUACAUCCCUGGGACGGAUAUCCCAAGCCUGGAGAGCCAGCGAGAAAACCUGGAGCAGCCGUUCCUGACUGUGUUCAAGAAAGGACGGCGGAGGGUGCCCGUGAGGAACCUGGGCAAGGUUGUGCACUACGCCAAGGUCCAGCUGCGAUUUCAGCACAGCCAGGACACCAGCGACUGCUACCUGGAGCUGUUCCCCUCGCACCUCUACUUCCAGGCCCAUGGCUCCAAAGGGCUCACUUUCCAGGGGCUGCUACCACUGAUGGAGCUGAGGGUCUGCCCACUAGAGGGGUCCAGAGAGCAUGCCUUCCAGAUCACAGGCCCGCUGCCCGCCCCCCUCCUGGUGCUCUGCCCCAGCCAGGCGGAGCUGGGCCGCUGGCUCUACCACCUGGAGAAGCAGAUGGCCCUUGUGGGAGGACUGCAGCACUGUCACUCAGCGCCACCACAGGACCCCCCGGAGGACGAGCUUCCCUGGACUCUGCAGCGCAGGCUGACUCAGCUGCGGACGGCCUCAGGACGCCAAGUGGCAGGCAGCGCCAUCUGCGCCUCGAGAGUCAAGCUGCAGCAUCUGCCCUCACAGGAGCAGUGGGACCGGCUGCUGGUCCUGUACCCGACUUCCCUGGCCAUUUUCUCUGAGGAAGCAGAUGGGCUUUCCUUUAAGGGGGAACUCCCACUCAGAGCCGUCCACAUCAACCUGGAGGAGAGAGAGAAGCAGAUCCGCUCCUUCCUGAUUGAAGGGCGCCUCAUCAACACCAUCCGCGUGCUGUGUGCCAGCUACGAGGACUACAGCCACUGGCUGCUCUGCCUGCAGGCCAUCUCCCGCAGGGAGGCGGCCCCCGCUGCACCAGGCCUGGAGAGCUUCCUGGGGCUGCAGACGCCCACACAGGUCAUGGGCGGCGGCCGAGGCUCUCUCACCUCAGAUGGACAGACCAGCUGGAACUCUGGGUGCCCGGUGCCCCCCUCCACCCGCACCAGCCACUCCCUCCCCGAGUCCUCAGUGCCGUCCACCACAGGCUGCCCUGCCCAGUCUGCACCCGACCAGAUCAAUCCCAGCUGCACCAGCAUGGUCAGACAGAGGGCAGAGCUGAGACGGGGCGGCAGCAGCCGCUCACCCAGGAGCAAGGUUCGGGGCGAGGGGCCCAGUCCAGCCACCCCACUGCACCUGGACCUGACCAAGCUGAGCAGAGCGGGCCUGGAGGGCGGCCCUGUGGCCCCAGACCACCCCCUGGAGUCACCACACUCCCCACUCUACGUUGAUCCCUACACGCCACCUGCCACCUCCCACCACAAAAUCACAGACGUCCAGGACUUGGACGAGUUCCUCAGUGUGAUGCAGAACUCGCUCGGCCCUGAGCCCUCUGCCCUGUUCCCAUCUGUCCCCGUGUCCGUGCCUGUCUCUGAGCCCAGUGCUGGACACUCUGAGAAGGGUGCCCUGCAGUCCCGAGCCCCUCAGCGGCACCGAGGCUCCAUCAAGGGCCGGGGGUCCCAGCCCCCAGACUCCCCUCAGUUUGCCUCCCCUGCAAGAGAAGCGUCGCUGGGCCCCCUGCCGCCUCCCCCAGAUGGCCGUCCCCCCAGAAGCUAUGACAACAUCUGGGACAAGGUUCCUUCUCCCUCCCACCGGCGGUGGCCCCGCGGGGCGCCUGAGGCUGAGGAGGGGCUCAUCCAGUGGAUCUGAUGGCCGGGCAGGCCGCUUCUCGGGACCAUCUGCCAGUGUCAACCUGGACGGGGGUCUGCAGCAGGGCCGCAGGCUGACCAACCCCCCGUCCAGUACCACAUCAGGCUCUGGCCCCAGCAGGGUGGAAGGUCCCCAGAACAUGGAGUUUUCCUGAGCUCUGGAUGGGCCAGGAGAAGGGCGUCAUCCUGAGGAUGCCCUGGCCCAAGUGACUGGACCACAGAUCAGGAAAGGAUGCCCAGAGGGGCCGGACCUUGGCCUGCUCCCCAGGAAGGAAUAAGGGAAGGGACUUGAUGGGGGCUUCACCUAGGAGCAGGAGGUCAGAGGGCUGAGAAAAUCAGGUUAAUGAGGGUCAGAGUAUGUGAAGUCAGAGAGCUUGAGGGUCAGAGGUCCACGAGGUCUGAGACAUCAUCAGGAGAGGCAGGAGAGUUGCCUAGGUGUGCGAGUGGGAUGGGGCUGGUGGGGAGGAACUGACAAGAGACUGAACAAGAAAGAGAAGGAGAUUUAUUGGUGCUGUA